UAGAAUUAUCAGAAGGCCGACGCGGCGUUGCGCUCCAUCUUUGCAUUGCCAUUAGACAGCUUGUAGAGUGUAGACAGCUUGCGAUGGGUUCGCCGCCGAUGCAGUGUGUCGUCCCCAGACCCCCCGCAUCCCCAGACCCAGACGUUAAGUAAAUACGGUAAAUCCGACAGCUUGCAGGCAGCUAGUGUGACGGGGCGGUCCCUGCGCCAAGAGUUUGCUUGAUAAUGUUGGCCCAGCUGUGGCUGGUCCAGGCGCCGCCGGGCUUUCAGCAGUGUGUUUGGGACGUGGUGGUGAUGGCGGCGCUGGCCGCCACAGAACAUGGCCGGGUGCGGCUGCACGGGAUGACGCGCGCCGCAGCGGCCCUGGGAAUUCAGACGGCGGCGGCAGCAGCUCCCGAGGCUGCGGUGGCAGGUGCAGUGGAGGCGGAACCCGAUCUUGACGAGAUCCCGCCCACACAGCUGACGCCGCCGCAGCCAGGCGUCCACCCCGUCGAGCUUGCGUGCGCUGGCGCAGUCGCGGACUUCUGGUCGCGGCUGAUGCAGUUCGCGCAGCUCGGCGUGCCCCAAAAGGGCUGGGGUGGUAUUGACGCCACCCACCCCAUCCUGGCGGUGGUGAAAGGUGAAAUGCUGUGCGCGUUGCCGCAAGCUAUGGAGCUGGAGGCUUGAAAGGGAUCAGCCCUUAGGAGAAGCGCGUGAGCACUAACAUGAGCCACUGAAGCAGUGGCAUACGAGAGGGUCAGCGGGGGAGCUUAGAGGGCAGGCGAAGGGUUCUUUUGUUUUACGCCCGUGGGAGCAGGGCCAGGUUUGCGGGUUUUAUGCCUGAGAGGGUGUGUUGGGUGCUGCAGCCCCCCGGGCCUUACGGCCUGGACCGGCCUAGUGGCCAGACGCGUUUGUGGCUGCCCUUAGGCAUAGUCUGCCCUGGCGUCGAGAGCUGGUUAGGUUGCGGUUGAGGUCGUGCAGGCUGCGGGGUCGUAGGACUCAGCCCCGCAGCCACUGUGGUCGUGCUAUCGCGUGCUGUCGCGUGCUGCGUGCUGCGUGUUUUGUUAUGUUUGCUGUUUUUUUGUUUUCUGCCCGCCUGGUCUUUAAGAGGUAGCUCGCCCGCUGGGUCUGGGGCUGUUACACCGGUAGUUAUUCCGCAAGGAUUACUGGCGCGGUGAAGGGUCGGAGUGCGUUACCCUGUGGACUCCAGAGCUGUUUGCGCUCUGCCGGGGAAACGCCAGGUCACGGCAGCCCUCGAUUGAGAGCCCUGCUGUCGUUGGUUAUACCAGAUACACGAUUCACGUGAUCUGGCAGAAUAACCGU